UUUCGAAAUCAUGGGAACCGUUUUGUCAUGAUAUUGAUCAUAAGUAUCAUGGUGUCUUUGGUAGCCUAUACACAACACAUUUUCAUCUCUUUUAUAGCAAAUGAUGUAUUUGACAUCAAUAACUUAAAAAACGAAGGCAGAGUGUCAUGUACAGUUAAAGGUGUUAAGUGCCAACGAUGGGACAGCAACACACCGCACCAGCCAGAUUAUUUCUCAGAUAGAAGUGAUCUCCAUAAUUGGUGUCAACGCACUGUAAGCGAUGUGAGACAUUGGUGUUACACGACAGACCCAAAGACUAACUGGGAUUACUGUCCUGUCGAGGAAAGGUUUGUCUGUGAAGAUUCCCCGCCCAUGAUGUUUAUAUCUAAGACCAAAGUCAACCUCGAGAGACCCUACGAUCACUUCCUGUCAGUCGGCCGAUACAGGUGUGACACUCUCGAAGACAAGGAACCCGAGGAAAGUUGUCCCGUGACAAGAUGUCUCUCCGAUGGUUCAUGGUCGAUCGCAAACAUAUCAUGUUCAGCGCAGGAAUGCUAUGACCCAACUGAUCUGACAUAUAAUGGUCGCGUUACAUGUACUAAUACGGGAUUCACAUGUCAACGAUGGGGUAGCGAGUACCCACACCAUCAAGCCAAAGGAUAUGGACAUAGCGGUCUUGGAAACCGUUGUUCGAUGGAAGACGCAACAAAACCAUGGUGUUUCACUAUGCAUCCAGAACUUCAAUGGGAAUAUUGUCCGGUAGACAAGUGUACCUGAGGUUACCGUGAAGUGCUAGCUAGUAUAAUACCACACUGAUAGAACAUUGGGGACAAAUAGAGAAGUAUAUACUUGUAGUAUGACACAAUAUUCGUCAUUAUAAUAUAAAUAUUUUUCAUGAUUUAAAUUCAGCAUAUCUGCACUUCCGCUGAUUAUAUUAGUUACAGAUGUUCAU